GCGGCUCUGUUCGCCGCCUCUCCCACCAGCCCGAUGAGCUGCAGCGGCUCCGGCGCGGACCCCGAGGCGGCGCCAGCCUCCGCCGCCUCGGCCCCGGGCCCGGCGCCCCCGGUCUCGGCUCCCGCCGCGCUGCCCGCCAGCACAGCCGCGGAGAACAAGGCCAGCCCCGCGGGGACGGCGGGGGGCCCUGGGGCUGGAGCCGCGGCCGGGGGCACGGGACCCGUGGCGGCGCGGGCCGGGGAGCCCACCGAACGGCGAGGGGCGGCUCCGGUGUCGGCGGGCGGCGCGGCGCCCCCGGAGGGAGCCAUGUCGAACGGGGUUUACGUGCUUCCGAGCGCGGCCAACGGAGAGGUGAAGCCUGUGGUGUCCAGCACGCCUCUGGUGGACUUCUUGAUGCAGCUGGAAGACUAUACGCCUACGCCAGAUUGUGAGCUUCUUGGUAGCCAGGCCUAUCCUGAACCAUCGGGAGCAGGGCGAACGCUGACAGCUGUCUCGUUGAUUUCCCAGAUCCCAGACGCAGUGACUGGUUACUACUUGAACCGUGCUGGCUUUGAGGCCUCAGACCCACGCAUAAUCCGGCUCAUCUCCCUAGCUGCCCAGAAAUUCAUCUCAGAUAUUGCCAACGAUGCCCUACAGCACUGCAAAAUGAAGGGCACAGCCUCUGGCAGCUCCCGGAGCAAGAGCAAGGACCGCAAGUACACUCUAACCAUGGAGGACUUGACCCCUGCCCUCAGCGAGUAUGGCAUCAAUGUGAAGAAGCCGCACUACUUCACCUGAGCCACAUCACCUAAAUGUACUUCUCUGUCCCCAUGUCCCCACACCAGCCUGUUUUCAUAAUAAAAUUUAUUGUGACAGGCGGGGCUGAUCCCUCCCACGCUGGGAGA